GCAUGGCCGCAGUCAAAUGACUGAAACAAGUAAAGAGUAAAAGAGUAUAUAUACAUAUAAACAAUAUUAUCAAAAUUGAUAAUAAUAUCUUCGAAAAUAUAUGUCGACACAUUAUCAAAGUAAUCCAAAUUGGUGAAAUUCCAACUGAACAUCUGAAAACAUUUUACCAGUUAAUAAACAGUAGCAAAAGGAAACACCUAAAUUGAAUUCAACUUAAGACAGUCAUUCAUUCAACCAAUAGCUAAUUUACUUUAUAAUAAAAAUAAAAAUUUAGAGCAAGAAUUUGACAUUGUCGAGGCACUCUUGGAAGCACUAUAGAGAUGUUUAAGGAUGCAUUUAGAAUUAAAUUACGGUUAAAUUGCUAGCGUUAUUACAUGCAGAUACAGAUUCAUAAUACCCGUUUGAGAAUAUGUCAUUUGUUUCCAUAGAAAGGGAAUAAAGAAUAAGAUAGUAGUUCCUCCUUUGCUUCAGCCUACGCGCUGUGCGCGAGUGAUAGUGAAGUUCCCGAUUUUCAGCUCGGCAUCCAAGUGAGAUUUGUUCAGGUGGGUACCGUUAGAAUGAAAAAAUGGCAUGUCUGUUCAGCAAUUCUAAUACUUGUUAAUGCAAUCUUUCAUUUUGAAUGUUAAACUGCUGGGUUGAUGCCUUGUGCAUACAAUAAGAAUGUCGAAACUAGGGUGGUUCGUCGAUUACGUUGUUCCAAGAGUCUUCAGCCAUGCAUUUUGUUGUUUAAUGGCAGCAGAGGAGGAAGAUUGUGUAACGACUUGACUUCGAGGAAUGUUUUAAUUUUUAACGGUUUCACAUUCGCAGUGCCGCUGAGUGAUGGCUGCUGACUGCUGAAUUUGAAGGCUUGGGUCUUCUUUCAUAUUUUCCAGGUUCUUUCCCAGUGGUUCUUUUGCGGAAACAUUUUGUUGUGCCAAUUCAUUAAGUUGGGUGGGAGGGCUCCGUCUUGUUGGGUGAAAUUCUAUGGCGGUCAGUGCUUGAUAGUCGGGUGUAUCUAUAUUUCGUUUUUUAUUCAUUGUUGUAGUUGUUCUUAUAUUUUUUUGUUUUUUCUGCUUUUCUGCUGUUGCGUUCUACGUUUAGGCGUAUUCUCAUGGAGAAAGAGAGAGAGAGAGAGAGAGAGAGAGAGAAAGAGAGAGAGAGAGAGGGAGGGAGAACGAGAGAGAGAGAGAGAGACACUUGACGUAGUUUCGGGUGGAAGAAGGCACUCCAGCUGCCCUUUCUUCAUCUGUAUUUGGAAUCGGACCCAUCGGCACUGUAUUUAAGAUAGAGGUGAGGAUAAACUUUUCCCAUUAUACCAUAUACACAAAUGCUCCUUAUAAACUUCUGGUAUAUGAAAGGAUGUGGAAAAAUUAGUGACCUUUGACUUGACGCCACGGGGGCCAAGUUUACUGCUACCUUGUACGUAGUAGCGACAAGCACUUUGGAAGGGAGGAAGUCGGGUUCUCAUUUUGAGGUGGAGUGCUGGUGAAGUGGUAGGACAAUUGUAUUCACCAAAGCUGGUGUAGUAAUGAUGCCGAGGUACUGCUGUAUGUUAGCUUGUUGAGGAUGAUUCUGACUAGCUGCAAUGAGGUCAAAUGGAGAAAUCAAAAUAGUAGUUUUCUAAUUGUUUGUUGCUGGUUAUCAGCGUACUGUGAUAGCUCUUGACCUGUUGGAACUGGAACAAAGAGUUUACAAGAUAUAAUUUAUUUCUUUGUUGCCCACAUAGAGUUAAACAAAGAGGGGACAAACAGGGGCAGACAAAGGGAUUAAGUCGAUUACAUCGACCACAGUACGUAAAUGGUACUUAUUUAAUCGACCCCGAAAGGAUGAAAAGCAAAGUCGACGAUUUCUUUAAUUUUGACAUUGAUUCACAUCUCAUUUCAGUUGAUAUAUCGCAAAUCGAGAUUUUUGCCGAUUUUUGUGUAUAUAUUAUUACCUUCAAGAUCGUUGCGGAGAUAAUACUAAUAAUUUAUUAGAGCAGUUGUUUCACGUGGUUUGGGGUGUUUUAUAAUAGAUUUCGGGUUAUUCGAAAUGAAUCGGUGGAUUGGAGUUAAUAUGAAUUGAAGCUUUGAGAAAAUACAUCUUAAACUGACAGCUGACGAUGGCAUCUAUCUAUCUAUCUAUCUAUCUAUCUAUCUAUCUAUCUAUCUAUCUAUCCCUAUCGCUUCCGGCCGACUAAAGCCUUGUGAGUGGAAAGAAGCCCGUCAUAUAUAUAUAUAUGUGUGUGUGUAUGUGUGAGUGUGUGUGUGUGUGUGUGUGUGUGUGUGUGUGUGUGUGUGUGUUUAUGGUUCCCGCUAGGAAUGGCCUCUAAAAAUAAUCUAGAUUAUACUUGUAAAGUGCAUGUUACCCACUCUCUUUCUUUGCCCGAAGUCCUAGAUUUUAUAGAUUGUCGUUUUGACAUUUACUUAGAUAGUCAAGUGCACCAAUGAUUAUUAGUAUAUAUGCAAAAAUAUGAUCACGGCAAAGAAUCUGUCAGCUUCACUGACUUUGGAAGAGAUAUUCACAUCUGCCGCGGACUUAACCUCUUUGACUGUGCGCAAUUGUUCUCUUCUUUCCAAAAUAACUCUAUCAAGUGUAUUAUGUUUUGCACAUGUUUUGAUAGGGAUAUUCUGUCAAUAUUCCUUGUAACGAUACGCAUAUAUGUAGGGAAUAGCAGGGGCGUUGAUAUUUAUUCCAGGACAGUCUUUUCUGCUGACAGAAUCGUAUAUUGUUUCAGCAAUACCAUGUUGCAGUGGGUGGUUGUACCAUAUCCUUCACAAGGGAUUGAUGCAACCGACAUUAGAGGUUACUCCUAUGGAGUUUAAGAGAUUCACUCCCCCCUUUGGUCAUCGAUAUUUCGUAGUUAUCUUCUACUUCUGUAUGGCAAAAGCGUAAGCUUUCGAAAUGUGACAUGACGGUCACGAGUCCAAGAGAGAUUUCAUUCCAUGUUAAUAUUAUUCUCUUCCUCAAGUUUACGGGAAACACAUUUUCAUAACUUUUUUGUGAUAUGCAAAGUGUUUCUUUUCCAAGUCUUCGCUGAAUUAUGCUAACCCUGCGCUUCUGGGUCAACAAGGGAGGUUAUCAGGAACUGAAUUUUUGGUGGGGAGUUCACUACUAACUCACAAGGUGUUAUUCCCUUCAUUUUUGGGUGUUUGGUUGAUGUAUUUGAUUUAACUGCUUUUGUUUGGCAGAUGCUUUCUCAGUGACAUAAUACGGCACUCAAAGGUUUUUUGCAUUGACCUUAAGACUCUUACAUUUUCUUUUUUUCUAAAAUUGAAUUUUUGUGAGAGUUUACAGUUGAUGUCAAAGUUUGUGAGUUUAAUGUCUAUGGAACGGAUUUCCUCUAUAGAACAGUGAAGUAUUCCAAAUGUUAUUGUGGGAUAUUGUCUUGAAAGAGGGAAGCUCUUAGUCAUCAGGAGUAGUGAAGGAUUUCGAGUCUUUUACCGUUCAACCCUACGUAUAGCUAACCCAACCACUAAUCAUUAUAUAUCGGCUUACGUCCCAGUAACAGCAAGCCAUAUGUUUGCCAUCCUUAUUCAAAAUCAUCCAGAAGUUUUCUCUACAGUUUUAGUAUUGGAACAUAUGGACCUUCUCUUUGUUUGCGCAAUCACUACAAGUCCAGUCAGAACUUUGCAAAGUGAUCAUCCCACAAUCCUCCAGUAGCUCGCACGAAUUUGCCAGCCUUUGCUUCUGCACUGUCCUAACAGUUAUUUAGCAGGCUGUUACCUACUCUAUUGGAGUGAGUUUGGCAGACUCAGAGCUGGUAGUGAUUGCCGUCAUUGCCUUCGACUAUCAACGUCACCCUUAGCUGUUAUGGUAGGGUCCUGUAUGCAUUUUCAAAUUCCCGCCAUAAUUUCUUGUUACGCUAGAGGCCAUUCGAUUGGCUGAAAUACUCUACAUGGUAUCGGGAUUGCAAAAACGUGGAGGGACUCAGCUCUGAGGGAUGCGUUGCACAUGUUAUUUCUUGUCCAGAUCUUUAUUAUGACCUGAUUAUUUUAAAGCUGCGUCGGUUUUUGGAGUCUUUGCUGUAUUCAUCAUCCUUAUGUCGCUUGCAUGGGGCAAAAAUUAAGUCCGACAUGUUGGAAUUCUUAGCCAUACUCCUCUUAUAAAACACCGGUAUAUGCGUCAUAUGUUUGUUUUUUAUCUUUUUUUUUGUAACACACGCUCACAUUCAUAUUAUGCUUAUACAAUAUAAUAUAUUAUUUAAAAUACGUAUCAUAAAAUAUAUAUAUUACUUAAAUAAUUUAUAGUAUAUAUAUUGGUGUAUAAAUAUAUUAAUGUAAACACCGGUAUGGAUUUUACAGCAUUUUACUCGUGACAUAUAUGUAUGCAUAUUAAUGUAUAUGUGUAUGAAUGUAGCUAUAUACAUAUAUGUAUAUAAAUAUGUUUGUGUGUAUGCAUGUGUGUAUAGAAUCUUACUGGCUAAUAUACAAAAUAUGUUCCCCAUUUUGGAUAUUGAAAAAUGGACAAUUAGAGCCUGUGGUAAGGAUCUAUUUAAUUUUUUCAUCCAUUCCGAUUUCUGAAAUUAUUCUAUUUAAAACUUAGGGUUAGCUGCUCUUGGUUUCCAGAGAACUGUCACUCAACAGCGUUUCAGAGAAAGCAGAUUGGGUCGUCCCUUUCCAGGUUAUAAUGAACUUAAAGGAAUAUCAUCAGAGCAUUUUCAAAAUAAAGAUUCCUCACAUACUAGGGAUAAAAGAUUCAGAGGUUGGAACAAUAAUUAUAUUCGUAUAAAUAUGACUUAACAUAAGUGUAGAUAAUUUUAGCUCCUGCUUAAAAUAUUGGUCGAAAUAUAAAAACAUAUCUGGAAAUUAGAUAAAAAUCAAUAUUUUAAAAUUGCUGAUUGAAAUUAUGAUUGAAUUAUAUUUCGAUUUAAUUUGAAACCUUUAGUUAUUUGUGUAUAUACAUCUAUACAAAUACACGUGCACUCAUACACACAUGCACACAUUUAUAUGUAUGUGUGUGUGUAUGUGUGUGUAUUUCAGAAUAGCUUUAAUAAUGGUUUCUAAUUUUGGCACAAGGUCAGCAAUUGUGAGGGAAUUUGUCGAUACCAUCGACCUCAGUACUUCACAGGUACUUUUUAAAAAAUUAAACCCGAAAGUAUGAAAAGCAAAAUUGACCUUGGCGUGAUUUGAACUAAGAGCGUAAAAACCCCGGAAUUAAUAGUGCAAAGCAUUUUUUCCGGUGUUCUAAAGAUUCUGCCAGCUCACCGAUUUUGGAAUAGUUUUUAAUAAUAACAUUCAUUUAUUUAUGUAUCUACUUGCCUACCAUUCUAAGAAUCAUCGAAAGCUAACUUUGAAUUUUAGAUUCCAAAACAGAUAUUAAGUCCCCAGGUAAUCUGCGCUGCCGAUUACGGACAGCUGUUGAGCGGAAAGACAGAGUAAAUCUUGAAAACAUUAUCGAAGAAUGCGAAAGUGUUGAGUAUCCAGAGCUUGGUCCUGAGCUGUAUGAAGCAAGAAAAACUCUUCAACAGCUGGGGAGCCGCUUCGAAGGUUAGCAUUGUAUUUUUAGCAUUUUAAUAAGAUAUAUUAGCAAGGGUUUUUAAAUAUCAUGAAUACAACGAACUGUCAGAAAUACUAACUCAAUUUCCCUUUACGAUAUUUCUAACACAGUUGAUUACGAAUCAUAAAACAGAGUAAGUAUAAGGGAAUAAAUGUUAAAGAUUGUAUUGCUACUUUUUAAAUAUCAGUUCACUUGAUAUAUAAAAUCUUUAUAAAUUCAUGAUAAAGUGAACAUUUACUUCAAACUUUCACAAUUUGGUACAAAAUGCCAGCUGCAUGAUUAAGGAUUUUAGAAGGGAUUUUAAGAGUUCCUCUUUAAAUAUUUAAUGUAAAUAAAAUUCUAUUUUCAUGAAUUUGUGUAGUUAUGGACCUCUAAACUAUUUCAUGGAGUCCUAACAUCCUAACAAAGUUUUCUGAUCAUUAACCGUUGCUGGUAUUUUUGUUGUGUGUAGCCGUCCUCAUGAUCAAGCAGGAUUAUUUAUUAUGAUAGGUAUUAAGCAAUUAUAUCUUUAAUAAGUUUUCAUUUAAUUUAAAUUUAAAGGAAAAUGAAAGAUCAAUAACAAUCUGAAAAACAAAAUAUAUCUUGAUGCAUGAAAUUAAGUACCAAGUGGUAUUUUAUCAAUUACCAGGGAAUACAUCACCCAGCAUUUUUCGAGACAAACUUAAGGAUAGUAUUAAGCUAAAAGAUGAAAAUGAAAUCGCAUCAGCUAUUAAGAGAUGUAUUGCUGCCGGCUAUCCUGAACUUCAAAGUGAUGUUGAUAACGCGCGAAAGUCUUUGAACAUCUUACAAGGCGGGGAUGGACAUAUUACUUCAGCAGCAAAAAUCAGAGAUCAACUAAGGACAGCUAUCAACCAGAAAAACAAAUCACUAUUAGACAAUGCAAUUUGUGAAGCUGAAGAAGCUGGUUAUCCAGAAAUCUCCGGUAUUCUUUGCAAAGCGAGAGAUACUAUGGAAAGUUUGGGUUAUGGUCGUGGAGGAGUAAAGACCCCCGAUUCCCUGCGCAUUAAACUUGACCAAGCAAAAAGACAAAACGAUAAAUCGACAUUAGAAAAUGCGAUUGAAGAAUGCAUUGGAUCCGGACAUCCAGAAUUGAUGUCUGAUAUCCAGUUAGCUCGCUAUGCUCUUGAUUUUAUGGAAGAGGACCGCGCAUCAGGUUGGUUUUAGUCAGCUUCUGCGAAAAAGCCCAUAAAUAUUGAAUUAGGCUUCAAUACUUUCUUAGCUUUUGUGACAGCUUUAAAUAGUUGUUUCUUUAAUUUCAGUUUAAAUAAAAUCUGUCAGAAUGUUCUUUUGUACAACCUUGCAUUUUUAAUAGCAUUAAACUUUCAUUA